AUGGAUACUUCGCACUCCCAGUCUCCGGGCGCAUCACCUCCUAUGCGAAAACGAUGGAAACAAGCAUUCAUUGAACUGACGUAUUUGUCUCGACAGUGGCAGCCGUGGGAGGAUCCCUUACUGUAUUCAUCUUGGAUGGCCUCCUCGGAAGUGGAUCAAAAGUUUCUCGGUUAUUUUGCAAAAGUCACCACCACAGAGAAUAAUUAUCUUUCCAGCUUUUUGUUUCGUGUUCUAGGGCUCUCCGUGAUUCUAGCAGAGAAGCUCCUUCAUGCUCGGAGGGCGAAACAACUCGACCCCGUCCGUGACCCGAAAGCCCGACACCUCAUCCAUCAUAUAUUAUGGCUGGCGAGGGAAGGGCUUGUCAUGGUAGAGCAGUAUGUGCUACCUAUGGUCGGCAACUAUGUCGAGCUCCGCGUGCUGUCAUAUAAGCUCAAGGCGUCAUUUUACCAUAUCUUUGUUCUUUUCCACAACGACCCACCCGUCAACGAUCGCAUCAAUCGGUCAAAGUCCGGCUCCUUUUCACUCUUUCCAGAUCCAUUGUCACCGAAACUCUCUUCGAAGACACCUUCACGAGAACCAACACUCACCUCAUCCACAAAUGGCGGACGGCGACGGUCACCAGCCAUAAGCCUGGGUGGUCCCGUUGGUGGAGGAAUGACCACUCGCACGCCGCCUGGUCUGCCCCUACCUUUGCAUCCUUACACCAGUGGUUCCCCUGAUAGCAAUGGCAACGGUACCGCAACUUUCCUCCUGCCUCUACAUGACUACAGACCUUACGCGUUGCGAGCCUUUCGGGAAGCCAAUGAGCUCGCUGAACGACUUCUGCCGGGCUCGCACCCUGUCCGAUUGUCCGUGAAAGUCGAAUACGUCGCAUACGUGUAUGACUGUCUGCACGAGCCGGAGCAAUCGCGGGGGUUGGCCCGAUUGAGUAUCCGCCACGUAUACGAGGCCCAGGAAGGAAUGGACGAUGACUCGUUUGAGGAUGCGGCUGAAAUGGUCGGCAUUCUUGGACGGAUGAUGAAAAGGGGUCUCGGGGCGGGAGGCGGUUCCGGGAGUCAGCAGCAGCAAGGCACAGGCACAGGCACAACUGGGGCUGGUGUCGGCGGAGCAAGAAUACCGACCGGACCACCGUCUAGAACGGCGGCGGCGGUGCAACAACCGUCGACGUGGGUGUAG